AUGUCCCAGAUAAACGAACAGAGCACGCAUACCGAUCGUGGCUCCGUGAAUGAGCAGUCUCAUGCAUUUCAUCCGCCAAAAAUAUGGGACAUUGGGGAUCCUUUUGAAUUCGCGCCUCCGAAACCAGACGGCGACCCAUGGUCACUACUUCUAGACCCGUUGUUGAAGGCGGACAAGGAGCGUUGUGACGCAUGGAGAGAUGAGGUUCAGAAUUUACUCAUAUUUGUAAGUAUCUACGGUACCAGCGCACUAUCCGUUAUUGAGGUGUUCCAGGCCGGCCUCUUCUCUGCCGUGGUAACGGCAUUCGUCGUUGAGUCGUACAAAAAUCUCCAACCUGACCGAAAUGAUGCAGUUAUUUCUCUCCUCUCUGGAAUUGCAACCCGCUUGGAUUCCACUCCAGGGUCAGACGUCGUUUCUUAUCCCCAAGCCAGUCAACAGUUCUCCCCAGAAACGUCAGCUAUCAGAAUCAAUACAGUUUGGUUCAUCAGCCUCGUUCUCAGUUUGACCACCGUGUUGAUUGGUACAAUUUCCCUCCAGUGGUUGCGAGAACAUCAAUCAUUUGCGGAACUCUCACCACGUGAAAAGUAUGCGGUAUAUCAUAUGCGGUACCAAUCCCUGAUAGUAUGGCACGUUGACAAGAUCUUUGCAACACUACCUCUCCUUCUGCAGUGCUCUUUGGUCUUAUUCCUAAUAGGGAUCAUCGAUUUCCUUCACUCGAUAACGGCCGGAAAUUGGACUGUCACUAUCCCUGUCACUAUUGUGGUUGGAUUCACAUUCUUAUUCUUGAUCGCCACCGCAAUGUUACCAAGUUUGCAAGCUUUAUCUCUAUAUUUUGAUUUUUCGACUGGACAUCGACGUCCUGGAAGAGGCCAGGUGAUACCGCCUAGCCCAUGCCCAUACAAAUCACCCCAAUCCCGUGCUGUUCGCUCUCUCUCUCGCCCUCUCAUGAACCUUCUUGAUGAUCAUUUGGACAGCAUGCGGAGAUUUUUUCACAGAAUUAAACACCUCCUGCGACACCCACUCUCUCGUUUACCAGACGCACCAUUGACACCCCACCGUUUUACCCAGUAUCUUUACUAUGCGGCUCUGGACACUCAAUGGAUGGAUUACGACAUAAGUUGGCUUGCAAUUCGCGAUGGAUUUAUGCGACGCGCCUUUGGGAAAUCACAUUGGCGCGACGUAGUUGGCCUAAGAGAAGAUGAGGUGCUUCCUUUGUAUGACAUUGUUCAUGGUCUAGAUACGCAAAGUUACCAAAAGCAAUCGGCAGCUGCGGCUUACCAUUGCUUUUCCGAAAUAUCUGAAAUGACCUUACAGCCUUUACGCAAGAUUGCUAAUGCAUAUGGGUCAUUUGAAGAUCAGUGCCGCGAAAGUGGUUAUCUCCACAAUAUUCUGGAACCUACCUCUGGCAGUGCAUUUCUGCCGGAUAGAUUUCCAUUCGUUCAAUACUUGGGCUCAAAUAAGAUUACCAGGAAAUCACUUUGCGAUAUUCUACAUCAAGAUAACAUGUAUCUUUUCCUACACACUCAUAGCUUUGGUGAUCUCCCUCUUUUGUCUACUCAUAGGAAAGAACUUUCUUUAAGACUCUCCGCAUAUUUUUACCGGGCAAACUAUGCUAUGCAACUUUCGGAUCUGAACGUCGCAUUUCCAGAAUGCCUCACCUUCACCCCAUUUGAGGUACUUCUCGACCCCGACCUCAACCGAGACCAAUUCAAUGGUGCGACGUACUUUGAUAAACUCAUUGCUGCACUAUUUUAA